AUGAUUAACAUCUCGCGAUUAGCAGGAUACAACAAGGAGGAUAUCAAAAAUAUCCUUCUCUUGUUACAGGAGUUUGUCAUUACGUACAAGGACAACAAGGUCAAGCUUAAUUAUCAAUCACGGCCCGUGAUCCUAUUCUUUAGUACAAUCAUUGCCACUGCUGGAUUUGGCUUUUAUUUCACUAUCCGAAAUGUCAUAUCCAAGUAUAACGAGUACCUCCUCAAUAGGAGAAUGAGACGUCCUAGUCUUAUAAGACAAUCCUCCAAUAUCUUGAAAAAUGGGUCGAGAGAAAUUUUUAUCAAUAAAGGCAAAGAUAGAGUAACCAGGAUCAUCAUCCCUAAACCCAAUAACGACCAAUAUGCUGCAGACAAGUACUUGUACAAGGACUUUGAACGGAAUCAAAAAUUGUUGCAGCAACUGCAGAAAAAUGUACUUUUCAGCUCAAGAUUCUUGAACCAGCUUGCCAUCAUUUGGCGGAUAUUGAUUCCGAAAUUUUAUUGCAAAAAUACAUCAUUAUUGCUUUCACAGUGUUUUUUUUUAAUCUUUAGAACAUGGCUUUCUUUGCUUGUUGCUAAACUAGAUGGUCAGAUUGUCAAGAACUUGAUUGCAGCAAAUGGGAAAAAGUUUAGUCGUGAUUUGAUUUAUUGGCUAUUGAUUGCAUUCCCAGCAUCCUAUACUAAUGCUGCAAUAAAGUACUUGGAUCAAAGAUUAGCACUUGGCUUUAGAACCAAUUUGACAAGGUACAUUCAUGACAUGUAUCUUGACAAGACCAUGGCAUACUAUAAGAUUGGAUUGGGAAGUAGCGACAUUCAGAACAUCGAUCAAUACAUCACAGAUGACGUCACCAAGUUUUGCUCAUCCUUGACCUCAUUGUUCUCCUCCAUGGGUAAGCCAUUUAUUGACUUGAUAUUCUUUUCAGUGUAUUUGAGAGAUAAUUUGGGAAGCGGAGCCAUCCUCGGUAUUUUUGCCAAUUAUUUUGCUACUGCAAUCAUGUUGAAAAAAGCAACUCCUGCAUUUGGUAAAUUGUCUGCUAAAAGAACACACCUUGAAGGUGUUUACUUUAAUGAACACCUCAACAUCAUGACCAACUGUGAAGAAAUUGGCUUUUAUAAAGGUUCUUUGAUUGAAAAAACAAAAUUGAAGGAAAACUUUGAUAAAUUGAUGAGUCAUGUGAGUAAGGAGAUCAACACGAGUUUUUGGUAUUCUAUAAUUGAAGAUUAUGUUUUGAAAUAUACUUGGUCAGCAUGGGGUUACUUUUUUGCUGGUUUACCGGUAUUUUUAGAUGAGUUUUGGCCAGCGGCUUCGACUGAAACAGGUGGGAAAGAAGUUGGCUCUGGUUCUGGUUCUGGUUCAGCAAGUGGGAAAAACCAGGCUUCCGAAUUGGCUAGCGAAAGGAAGAAUAUGAGACAGUUUAUCACAAACAAAAGACUUUUGUUAUCCUUGGCCGAUGCUGGAUCAAGAUUGAUGUACUCAAUUAAAGAUGUAAAUACAUUAACUGGGUACACUGAUAGGGUGUUUGAUUUGUUGACACAAUUGCAACGUGUGCAUUCACCAAGAUUUGAUUAUGGUGACAAGAUGGGUAUUGCUGAUAUCCAUGGAACAAUACAAAAUAAUUAUCCCGAUGGAUUACGAUUUGAAAAUAUUCCUGUGAUUAUUCCUACUGCCGAAGGUUCUGAAUAUCCACCCUUGGUUGAUAAUUUGAAAUUCCAGAUCAAGAAUCGAAACAUGUUGAUUUUGGGAUCCAAUGGUAGUGGUAAGACCUCAAUAGCAAGAAUCAUAGCUGGUUUAUGGCCAUUGUACAGGGGUCUUCUUUCGAAACCAAAUGAUGAUGACAUUUUCUAUCUCCCACAAAAGACGUAUUUCACAACUGGUAAUUUGCGUGAUCAAAUCAUUUACCCUCACACAUAUGUUGAAAUGCUUGAAAUGGGCUAUAAUGACGAUUACUUGUACCAUAUUUUACGAGAAGUAAAGCUUGAAUAUCUUUUGCAAAGAGAAGGUAAUUUUAACGUAGUUAAGGAUUGGAAGGAUGUGUUUAGUGGUGGUGAGAAGCAGAGAAUGAGUAUUGCUAGAGUAUUGUUUAAGCAUCCCAAAUUAGUGGUUUUGGACGAGAGUACCAAUGCCGUGAGUACUGAUGUGGAAGAUUACUUGUUUGAAUUGCUUCAGCAGAAGAAGAUUCCAUUUAUUACACUUUCGCACAGACCAUUGCUUAUGAAGUAUCAUGACUUUAUUUUGGAGAUAAAGGAAGGUGGCAACUGGAAAUUACACGAUUUGACCAGUGAAGAGAACUUGAAGAGUAUUGAUAAUGAGAUCCAUGAGAUUGAAGAGAAGAUUGCUCAGACUGAGAAAUGGGAAAAGAGAAAAGAUGAGAUCAACCAAUACUUGGAUGGUCAUUUUGACGAUAUUUCAAUGGAAAGCUCAAUUGAUCUUUCUGGGAAAGAUAUUAAAGUAGGUUCAGCCUAG